AGAAAUCCCUAAUUAACAAAACAUGUUGCGUUUCGUGAUACUCUCCCUAGCUCUCAUUGCUCUCAUCAACUCAUCAAACAUCCCGAGAACAACAGCAACCCCACCAGGCAUAGCCCCAAACGACAAAACGUUCGUUCAAACCGCAUGUGACUCAACACCAUACCCUACAAUGUGCUACAAGACAUUGUCCCCCUACUCUUCAACCAUCAAAUCCGACCCCAUCAAACUCUGCUUAACAUCGCUCAGCGCCAACCUCAAAUCCGCCAAAACUGUCUCGUCCAUCGCCUCUAGCCUUCUCAAAAAGGUAGCCUCCACCCAUGACGUUCCGAAUAAAUUCAAGGACUGCCUGAAGCAGAUGAAGGAUACCGCCGAGGGGCUCAAGCACGUGAUCGCCGGAAUCAUGAACAGUAAAAAUACAAAAGCGGAGAUGAAAAGGAUGUUGGAUACGUGGGCAAGCUCGGCAGGGUCCACGUGUAUGGACAAGUUCAAGGAAGUGAAACUGAAUGCGGAGAUAAAGAAGCUGAAGCAGGCUGUAUCUGAGCUUUCAAUGACUACAACCAAUACUUUGGCCCUUAUCACCAGGUACCUACGUUUUUGAAUUAAUCAUUAUAUAUUCAUCUCAUUUCUUUGCAUGUGCAUGUGUACGUUUUUUGUAUGCUUGUUUGUUUGUUUGUUUGUUUG